GCCGCCAGUAGUGUUACGGAAAACAAUCUGCUAUGAUCAGACCCAAGAAUCACUAUCACGAUUCAGCUCCGGAGGCUGAGAGGCUGUGGCCUCCCCCUUGCGGUGGUGGGAGACUUCUCCCAGUGAGGAGCGCGUGGGAGACGGCAGCCGCCUGGACAGAGAAGCACAGUGUGGUAGGCGGUCCCAGCUCUGAAGGGGGAUUAACCCAGAGCCGUGCAUCCCAGAUUCCAAACCUCCAGGGGCCCAAGGUGAAGGCGGGAGGCGACGUCAGAGCACUGCUGUCCUGGGCGGGGGUGCUGCGCACUGGCCAGGUACCUGAGGGGUCUCAGCAGGCUGCCGCCUGGAAGACACGGUUGGGGCGCUCUCAGCACAGCCGCCGGCCCUCAGGGGUCCUUCUGGAGGGAACAGUGUUGGUGGAAGGAGUAAGUCCGCCCUGUGGGGCCAGCCACUCCUCCCCACCUCGCGGCACGGCCCCCGCAGGCCCCGGGACCAUGGUGGUGCUGAAGGGCGUCCCCGCGCUGCUGUCCCCCGAGCUGCUCUACGCCCUGGCGCGGAUGGGGCACGGAGACGAGAUCGUUCUUGCAGACGUGAACUUCCCCACCUCCUCCAUCUGCAGGUGUGGCCCAGAGGAGAUCCGUGCCGACGGCCUGGGCAUCCCUCAGCUCCUGGAAGCCAUGCUGAAACUGCUACCACUGGACACCUACGUGGAGAAACCGGCUGCCGUCAUGGAGCUGGUGCCCAGCGACAGGGAGAGGGGCCUGCAGACCCCCGUGUGGAGGAGCUAUCAGUCCAUCCUCUUAGGGGCCGGCUGUGCGAGCCCCCUGGCGAAGAUAGAGAGGUUUGAGUUCUAUGAGCGAGCCAAAAAGGCUUUUGCUAUUGUGGCAACUGGGGAGACGGCCCUUUACGGAAACCUCAUCCUCAAGAAGGGGGUGCUAGCCCCCGACGCCCUGUUCCAGGCCUGUUGAAGACGCCCCUGCCCAGAGAGGAAUCUGGGCCCCUGAGCCCAACAGUGCCACUGGCAAGCACAUCCAGCAGCAAGAUGAACGGCCUUGCCCUGUCCGGCCAGGGGCUCUGGGUCCGGUGCUCAAAUGAUCCCAAUUUGUGGAAC